GCAAAUAUUAUAUUGCUUGACGAAUCAAUAAUCGAGAAGUUAUAUAAAUUGCUGAGUAAGAAUUAAUUUUAGAACGAAAAUUAUUAAUUCCGAAUUAAAUAAUGACCACAAUUAACGAAAGAAACCAAAUGGCCUCGGCUACGAUGUCGCCAACUGAUGAUGACGAGCUCACUCUUCCUCGUGCAUCCAUUAACAAAAUAAUUAAGGAAAUCUUACCCCACGUCCGAGUUGCAAACGAAUCCAGAGAGCUCAUUCUGAAUUGUUGUACAGAAUUCAUUCAUUUAUUAUCUUCCGAGGCGAAUGAAAUCUGUAAUCAACAACAGAAGAAAACUAUAAAUGCAGAACACGUUUUGCAAGCACUUGAAAAACUAGGCUUUGGCGACUACAAUGCGGAAGCGGAAGCUGUAUUACGAGAUUGCAAGGCUGUAGCUGCUAAAAGAAGGCGUCAAAGUACUAGAUUGGAGAAUUUGGGAAUUCCAGAAGAGGAAUUGUUAAGACAACAACAAGAGCUAUUCGCUAAAGCAAGAGAGGAACAAGCAGUGGCGGAGCAACAACAAUGGCAACAAUUACAGGCUGUUGCACAAAUGGCAUCCAUGCAACAAGUUGACAGUGAACAGGAAGAUUAUUCAUAAAAUUCAAACACGACAAAAUUUAUAUUUAAGAAUAACUUCAUGCAUACACACGCAUACACAUAAUUUUGUACUUUAGCAGCAAAAUACUUCUAAUAUAUCGAACACAAUAUUAAGAAAAUAGAUACAGAUGAAAAUAAUAGCAAUUAAAAAAUAUUGAAUAAAAAAAAC